UAGACUGAGACCCUUACGUUGGCCUUAGAGCGCAUUCACUGUAGUUGGCCCAUUAAAGUUAUUAUCACAGCGGGAUCAAGUCAAGAAUCACAAAACUACAAGUUCCUAGCUCUGCACCAGUCCAUAUGCCUGGUUGGCUGACAUGGAGAGAUCGCUGGAGGUAGCAGUCACUUCAUCCCUUGAGACAUAGUCGUAGUUUCCCGCAUCAUCCUUAGUCCCACCCCCAGUGGCUGUGGAGGUGUAGGCAACGUUGUCUUUCAAUUCCAGACCCAUGCCACGGGCAACAUUUUCAGUAUUGAUUAGUAGCUUCUUCUUUGACCUUUGUCUGAGACACACAGUCACAGAGAUGAUGAUGAGACCUGCAGCUAUCAGCACCACCACUCCCACACUCACUCCUACAAAAAUAUACACUUCACUUCCUGUUGUACCAGACUCUGUGGCAGCAGUGGACUUCGUGGGUGUA